AUGGUUUGUGGUUGCUUCGGCGGUGUGUUCAAUAGGAGUAAAGAAGGGAAUGCUUCCGGGUCUUCCGUCCAGGCACAAGGGAUUGCCACCAGCAAUGUAAGGCUCUUUUCUUAUAAUUCAUUGAGAUCAGCUACUAGGAAUUUUCAUCCAUCAAGCAGGAUAGGAGGAGGAGGUUACGGAGUUGUCUAUAGGGGAGUUCUAAGAGACGGUACCCAAGUUGCGAUCAAGUGUCUUUCUGCAGAAUCUAAACAAGGAGCAAAUGAAUUUUUGACAGAGAUUAACGUGAUAUCAAGUAUGCGACAUCCAAACCUUGUUGAGCUCAUUGGUUGCUGCGUGGAGGACAAUCAUCGAAUAUUGGUAUAUGAAUAUCUGGAGAACAACAGUCUUGCAAGUUCUUUGCUUGGGUCAAGAAGUAACUAUGUUUUUCUAGAUUGGCCAAAGAGAGCUGCGAUUUGCCUUGGUACAGCUACUGGUCUUGCAUUUCUUCAUGAGGAAGCUGAGCAACAUAUUGUCCAUAGAGAUAUCAAGGCUAGCAAUAUACUUCUUGAUGCAAAUUUCCAUCCUAAAAUUGGAGAUUUUGGGCUGGCAAAACUUUUUCCAGAUAACAUCACUCAUCUUAGUACUAGAGUGGCGGGAACAGAGGGAUAUCUGGCCCCAGAAUAUGCACUUUUGGGACAGCUUACAAAGAAAGCAGAUGUGUACAGUUUCGGGGUGGUCUUGCUUGAGAUAAUCAGUGGCAGAAGUAGUAGCAAGGCAGCCUUUGGGGAGCAACUGCUGGUUCUGGUUGAAUGGACAUGGAAUCUAAGAGAAGAAGAAAGGCUGCUGGAAAUUGUUGAUCCAGAAUUGACUGCAUAUUCAGAGGCUGAGGUCAUGCGGUUCAUUAAGGUUGCCCUGUUCUGUACUCAAGGAGCCGCGCAACAAAGACCAACAAUGAAGCAAGUGGUGGAAAUGCUUUCCAAAGAUGUCCACCUAAAUGAGAAUGCCCUACUAGAGCCCCCAAAGUCAAGGGAGCGGGUAUCCCGGAAGUUCGGCGGUCCCAGUUCGUCGGGAACAUCAUCGUCUCAUUCGGGGAAACGCAAGCAAUCAUCGGCGAAUCCCGACAUAACUUCCACCCACUCACUGAUCUACGACGACACCGAAACACAAAUGCUUCCCAGAUGA